CUCAGCGGCAGGCCGUCCGAUUCCGGCGUUCUGGCCCCUCCCUCCCGUUUACGUCAGGAUUUCGCGCACGCGCGCUUGGCGCCCGCGGAAUUACGAACGUCGGCGCUUGGAUGCCGUUAUUCGCCUCGGCGCGGAAGGGCUCGCGACGCUGACGCCGCCGUGUCGUCCGAGGGACCCAGAUGGGUCCGCAGCGCCCACAGAUUCGGUCGGACCGAGUCUGCUUCACCAAUGGCACACAAAGAGCCCUGCACUGCAAGGGGUCGGACUAGAUGACCCUGGGGACCCCUUCCAACUCUACAAUUGUGUGAUUCUCAAAUGUUACACUCUCUUGGCAGGUGCAGCAGGGAAACGGCGUUUUUUGGAUCGCACUACUGGGCUGUGACCCAAUGUGCACUUACUUGGGAGUAAUAGUUACAGGCUAAACAUACCCAGCUCCCUAAGGCGUUCCUCAUAAGGCAUCAUUUCCAGGCCUUUGACCAUUUUGGUUGCCCUCUUCUGGACACGUUCCAGCUUGUCAGUAUCCUUCUUGAACUGCGGUGCCCAGAACUGGACACAGUACUCCAGCUGAUGUCCUCGUACUGCCAGAAUAUUUGUGACGAUGGGAGUGACCAGCCUGUGGCAGAUCUUGGAACCUGUAAAAGAACACGUCCCCCUCAGCAGCCUUAAAGGAAAGACCCUGGCUGUUGAUUUAAGUCUCUGGGUGUGUGAAGCACAAACAGUUAAAAAGAUGGUUGGGAUAGUCAGAAAACCUCACCUUAGGAAUCUUUAUUUUCGAGUCUCUCUGUUAACGCUAAUGGGAAUCCAUUUGGUGUUUGUCAUGGAGGGAGAGCCCCCAGAGCUGAAAGAAGGCACAAUGCGAAAGAGGACAGAAGCUCGCUUUGGCCCAUCCAGCAAACCCAGGAGGGCAAGAACAGGGAGAUCUCAUUUUAAAUCUCUACUGAAAGAGUGCCUCGAAAUGUUGGAGUGCUUAGGGGUUCCUUGGGUUCAGGCAGCGGGUGAAGCAGAAGCCACAUGUGCUUAUCUGAACUUGAACGGCUACGUGGAUGCCUGCAUCACCAACGAUGGUGAUGCCUUCCUCUACGGUGCUCAAACAGUUUACCGGAACUUUACCAUGAACAUGAAGGACCCGCACAUCGACUGCUAUUCAAUAUUAGCUAUUGAGGAGACACUGGGCUGCAACAGAGAAUCACUGAUUGGAUUAGGAGUUCUACUCGGUUGUGAUUAUCUUCCUAAGGGAGUUCCUGGAGUUGGAAAAGAACAGGCUUUAAAGUUGAUCAAGACUGUGAGGGGAGAGAGCUUACUGCAAAGAUUUGCGCACUGGAAAGACCACUUCCAAGAUGAUGACAUCCCAGCCCUGGCAGUAAACAAGGUGAUUCAUUGCGCUGUGUGUCGUCAUCCAGGAGCUUAUAAAGAUCAUGAGCGCUCUGGAUGCCGUCUCUGUGGCAGUGUGGCGUGCUGUGAACCCCACGAUGCGGAAUUCUGCUGCCCUUGUGACUGGCACUCCUCCAAGCAAGACCGGCAAGUCAGCGCAGUGGAGAAUGGCAUUAAAAAGAAAGCUAAAGCAUGCAAAGGAUUUCCAUUUCCUGAGGUUAUCCAAGAGUACCUAAUCAGCAAAGAUAAACCGAUGAAGUUAAAUGGGUGCCGGAGGCCAAAUUUAUUGUCCUUUCAGAAAUUUGCUUUUGAGAAAAUGGACUGGUCCAAGCAUUACGCUUGUGAGAAAUUGUGCAUCCUCCUCACAUACUAUGACAUGAACAGAAGGAAGUCUGGCCAUUUUGACCCACAGCAACUGCAGGCACGACGGAUAAUCAAGACCCGGACUAAAAAUGGGAUUCCUUGCUUUGAAAUAGAGUGGCAAAAGCCAGAUCAUUACGCUACAGCAGACGACCAGCCUGCAGAACCCUUUUUAAUAACAACAGAAGAGGCAUCACUAUUUGAGGCUGCGUAUCCAGAAGUGGUUGCCCGGUACCAUAUGGAGAAGUUGGAAAUAUGCAAGGGAAGGAACAAAGGUAAGAAGAAUAAACCUAAAGAGAGAGAAUGCUUGGCUGGGGACAGUGAAAUUGCAGAUCUUCUUUCUCGGCUGAACAUGCGAUCUGGUGAGGAAACCUUUCCCGGCAAAGAUCCUAAGCCCCCAUUUACAACUGUUUCUGGUUUUCAAACAGUUCCAGAAAAGGGCUCUAAAUUUCAGGGCCUACCUGUAACUGCACAUUUUCCUACUGCAGUCACGCCAAGUCAAAAGCCACCAUCUACCUUGCUCGUGACUACUUUGCAAAAUACAGAGUAUAAUUGCAUUCCUGGCGGUUCUCUGAGCUCGCAACCUGAAAACUUGUGUGCGUCUUCCCAAAUUGCCCAUCUGCAGUUGAGCGACAUAGACUGGGAAGGAACAUCCUUCAGCAUUUCUCCAAAGCGGGUUAAUAUUGCUUGUUCAGAAUCUGAGUCAGAUGCGAGUAGUAAUUUACCAAAUCAACACUCUUCACUACACUGCAAAACAACUGAAAUCAUUACCCCGUCUUUGAAUUCUGUGCAAUAUGAUCCAAAUCUACCAAGGAGUAAGGAGUGCUCUGUCUCCAAAACUGACCUUCAUAAAGGUCAAAAUGAUUUAUCUUCAGAAGAGCAGGCAAUUCUGAAGCCUUCUGCUUUGGAGGCUUCUCACAGCAUUUCAGAUAUGUCUCUGUUAAACUCUUUGCAAACGGUAGAAGAAAUCAAUGUUACAUCUAGCCUUGAGGGGAAAGCUCCAUCUCCUUCAACUCAGCUAAAUGACAGUGCUCAGGAAGUUGAAAGUAUAUCGCCAGGAAAAUAUCUGCAGGGACUUGGCUUGCCAAACUUGCUCAAAAACUAUGAAAACCCAGCCCGGGCGUCAGAUAACCUCACUAGUCCACGAAAACCAACUUGCUUGGGAAACAAGUCACCAAUAUUGUCUCGCAAGUCAACGGAAGUCUUAGAUAGCUGUCGGGUGAGGGGGAAGCCCACUCAUAAAAGCUCGCUGAAGAAGAGCGUGUGCCAAAAGAUUUCCUCCAGUGAAGACAGUGAUGGUGAAAAUGUGAAAGGUAGAAAGAAGGGCCACAGAAGCCCUAAGUGGCGACGGAAGGCUCGCGUGGUUCAGCUGAAGGACAAGUGUAGGGACAAAAGGAGCAGCCAUGAUUUGGUGUCUGAGGUUGUGCCAGGAGAUAAAUCUCUUAAAGGGCCUGCCAUUAAUUUGCCAGUGGAAGAGCUUCCUAUUGCACACAUUCACAAUUCUCUGAAACUCUCAGAAUCUAAGCUUUGUCAAACCUCUCCUCCUCUUCAGGCAAGUGAGACUGCCGCCUGGGCUGAUAGCCCCCUUCCUCUGUCCGAACGGCUGAAACUAAGACUGCAGAGCAGUUGAGGAUCCCUUGGCAUUUUGUUCUUCUGGGCACUUCUUAAAUUCUCAUCUCCUUCCCCCUCCAUAAACUUUGUAAAAGCUCAACCGACAGAUCUACGUAAAGAGACACAGCCUUAAUGAGCGAGGACGCAGUGAGAGAUCCGGAAUGAGCAGAACUAAAUGCUGGUGUGAAAUUAACUAGUCUCUUCAGCCAGCCUUUAUAGCUCUACCGUGGUUUCCUGUAGAACUGGCUGCGGAUUGUGCUGAUGGCUCAUAAGCAUAUUCUUCUUUUGUCGAGGUGCACCGCAUCUGCGGCAAUGAAUGAAAGCAACUUUUUCCCCGUCGAUCCAGUCACCAAAUGUGUAGCAAGUUGUUUCUAUCCACCCGGAUGGUGGUGCUGUUGAUACCAGAUAUCUUCGCACUUAAAAGGUUAUGCAAUAUGACUGGGUCUUUUUUAGAGCUUUUCAUGGACCAAAUCACAGACCAUACCCCUAAGGGGCUGGGAUCUUAGACUGGGUUUGCAAGCAAAACAAGAAUGCUGCGGUGGGAGAUACCACUCUUGAAUUCUGCCCCAUCUUAGAACCUCAGUACUCAGUUAUUGCAAUGUGUUCUAUUUGGGGUUAUCCUUGGGCCUGGUCUGGAAGUGGCGCAAAAGGCUGUGACUAGACUUUUGAUGGGGAAAGUCUAUCACCAGCCCAUAACCGUUCCUCAAAAGUUUGUACUGGCUGCCCAUACACUUCCAAGCCAGAUUCAAGGUCCUUGUAUUAAUUUACAAGUCCCUUAACGACUUGGGUCCAUGAUAACCCCAGGGACCGCCCGAUCCCUUAUAUCCAUGCCCAAUCACUGGGAUCUUUGGGGGAGUCACUGCUAGCGGUCCCCCGUGGCUCAGAUGCACAGCUCGUAGAUACCAGGAACCAUGCAUUUAAUAUUGUGGGCCCAGUUUUUAUGGAGCUCCUUUCCAUUUGCGAUCAGACAGGCCCCCUACCUGCUGAACUUCCAGCCCCUACUGUGAAGACUUCCUUUCCAGCAGGCAUUUUAAACUGAAGUUUUAUUUUAUAGUUUUAACUGAUUUUUACUUUUUGUAUUGUAUCCUUGUAAACCGCUCAGAGGUUGUUGUAGUUAAGCAGUAUAGACAUUGUUUAAAUAAAUGAAGAAGAAGAAACUCCCUGCAAAUAAAAUAAAAAAGCCCAACACAUCAAGGAGAAUGAAUCUUACCUACCCCUUUGCCUGUUAUGUUGGUUUUAUAUUUGCAAUGAGUUCUUAACUUAGGGAGAAGGGACAUAGGUUGUACCGCUUCAGAAUACAUCACUGCAUUCUUCCGCAUGAGUAAACCGGAUAUAAUGCCUUCAGUAAUCCCAGUUGCUGCAAAGAUGCAAUCUACUCUCGUCAGUAGUUGGAAACUGGGAGAGUGUUGGAAAAAAGUGAGAUGUCAGUGUUCAGGCAGCUUUAAUGCAAACAGACAGUGGCAUCUUGGUUAUUCUCUGCUUGUCCACUGUCACACCAGAGCACAAACAAUCCCAUCCCCGGAGUGCCUUUUCCCCCUUUCUCGUAGUUCAGCAAAAUGCAUCUGUAGCUACUCACUUAUAGUCAACCCCUUUAGUCUCAGAGCAUCCUGUAGCUCAGCUGAAUUUACUGCUGUGCAGUAUCUUUCCCUGGAAAGUGUAUACUGUACUACAAGUAAAUCAGCAGCAAGUCAAUGGAUCAGUGUCACAUGUUUGCAUUAUAUAUUUACCACAUCAAUAUUGUGCCCUUUCUUUUGAUUUUGUGAGCUCUGGAGCCAAAAGCUUUUGAAUUAAACAUCAAAAAGAAUGGCAGUUCACCUCCGGCCAUGGGGUUAAAUCAAAGCCUAAAUUAAAUCUGGGCAGUAUUAUGUAAUAGCCGAACACCUCAACCUUUUUGAUGAUUAAAGUAUUUUACUUCUUUAUAUUGAAGUCCUAAGUGCAUUUGCUGGGAAUAGAAUGAAAUCCUAUUGAUUUCAGCUGAACUUACUUUUCAUAUUAGUGCCCCUAGGAUUGCAUGCCUUAUCCUACACUGCAAUUCUGUACACAUCUACUCAAAAUUAAGUCCCAUUGUGUUUAAUGGAGUUUGCUCCCAGGUAAAUGGGUGUAGGAUUGCAGCCCAGAGAAGUGUCUGAAGUCCGUGACAAUCUGUGGGCUUAACUGCCUGACUGCAGACUUAUAAACAUUAUGUAAUUGUAUAAACCUUGUGUAUAAAUGCAGGGGUGGCUAAUCUGUGGUUCUCCAGCAAUUCCUAUCAGCCCCAUCCAAUCCUGUUGUCCCAAAUGGAAUUAAUUAAAUUGUGAAAUGAUGUGCAGAAGAAUCUAUAGUGCACUGUUACUCAUGUUUACCUGGAACAAGUGUUGCUAUGUCCAUUGUACUCUUCCCUGCAACAAAAAAUUCUCUGGUUCCAGAUAUUGCAUGUCUAUCAUGUCACAUCUAGAUGCAAACCACAGGUUAUGGGAGCGAGCCGAGGCAAUAUAUAUUUCGGCAUUCAUAUAAAGCUGGGGGAUUGCUGUAAAGUUUGUUACCGGUACCUGAUUAGUAUCUUUUUUUAAGGUGGGAGAAUUGCAUGGCGUUUUAACCUAUAGAUAUCCACAAAAGUGAUUUGUGGCAUCCAUAGGAUAGUCGUUGAAAAAACUAGGAAUUAAGGUGAAAUCCAUGUAAACUUAAUUCAAGUACUUUGAAAUUGCACUGGAAGAGACUUGCGUGCAUGUUUAACUCGCCCAUUGAAAAUAUGGGGCUUGGGCAUGCACAGCUGUGGCAGGGACAUGCCCUAAAACUGGUUUAUAAGAAAUUGGGAGGACUUGCUGUUUUAGAUGUGAAACGCACCAACAUCCUUGCAAUGCAGGAAUCUUUUGUCCAGUGUGGAGCUCAAACCCAUGACCCUGAGAUUAAGAAUACAGUGGAACCUCGGUUUAUGAACACCUCGGUUUACGAAUUUUCGGUUUACGAACGCCGCAGACCCAUCUGGAACGGAUUAAUUCACUUUCCAUUACUUUCAAUGGGAAAGUUUGCUUCAGUUUAUGAACAGACUUCCGGAACCAAUUACACCCAUGAAUCAUAGAAUCAUAGAGUUGGAAGAGACCACAAGGGCCAUCCAGUCCAACCCCCUGCCAAACAGGAAACACCAUCAAAGCAUUCUUGACAUAUGGCUGACAAGCCUCUGCUUAAAGACCUCCAAAGAAGGAGACUCCACCACACUUCUUGGCAGGAAAUUCCACUGUUGAACAGCUCUUACUGUCAGGAAGUUCUUCCUAAUGUUUAGGUGGAAUCUUCUUUCUUGUAGUUUGAAUCCAUUGCUCCGUGCCCGCUUCUCUGGAGCAGCAGAAAACAACCUUUCACCCUCCUCUAUAUGACAUCCUUUUAUAUAUUUGAACAUGGCUAUCAUAUCACCCCUUAACCUUCUCUUCUCCAGGCUAAACAUACCCAGCUCCCUAAUGCUUCGGGUUAAGUAUGCUUCAGGUUGAGUACUCCGCGGACCCGUCUGGAACAGAUCAAUCCACUUUCCAUUACUUUCAAUGGGAAAGUUUGCUUCAGUUUAUGAACGCUUCAGUUUAAGUACUCCGCAGACCGUCUGGAACAGAUUAAUCCACUUUCCAUUACUUUCAAUGGGAAAGUUCACUUCAGUUUAUGAACGCUUCAGUUUAUGAACAGACUUCCGGAACCAAUUGUGUUCAUAAACCGAGGUACCACUGUAUCGUGCUCUACUGACUGAGCUAGCUCAGAAACAGCUGUGGUUUGUGGGCUCUAGGCCCUCCAGAGAAGUCCCUUUUUUAGCUGCAUGAGCUAAGAUUGGGAGAAACUGACGAUCCAUCGCACAAGGCAACAAGUAGCAAUGCUACUACAUCCCAUCCUAAGUGCUCCUUUUCCAGCACAAAGUACCUCAUGAGUGGAAGCAUCUCAAGCCUUCCGCCACUUGUGCGUUAUUGAGAAGAGUCUUACCAUGCAAAAUUCUGCUCAGCUUAGAAUAGUGAAUUUUAUCGCUGUGGCAAAUCGCACUGCUGUUGGGCCAACAGACCUGCCGUUAAUGUUUGGCUGUGUAGCUCACAAGUUUCAAAUAAAAAUACAUGUCAUUUCAGAUGCCUGUAUCCAAGUUG